UUUCAAAUUGAAAUAUUAAUAUCAUAUAUACUGUAUAUCAUAUAAUAAUUUUUCAAAUAUAUUAUUUGACACAAAAAUAAAAAAAAGUGUUGCUAAACAUCACCGCAAACUGAUCCCCAAAAACAACAUGGCUUUAGCAGGAUUUAAGAAACAAUUAAAUAAAGCUAAUCAGUAUAUGAGCGAAAAAAUUGGUGGCGCAGAGGGCACCAAAUUUACCGAUGAUUUUACGCUUAUGGAACGGAAAACCGAUGUCACCAACGAAUUGGUUGAAGAUUUAAUGAACAAGACUAGAGAGUAUUUGCAGCCUAAUCCAGCUACCCGCGCCAAGCUAACGGUUAGCUCGAAGAUAAAGGGCUCGAAAACGCACAGUUAUCCACAGCCAGAGGGAACUCUCGGGGAUAGUAUGUGUAAAUAUGGCAAAGAUUUAGGCGAAGACUCAUCUUUUGCCCUAAGCCUUAUAGAAAUGGGUGAAGCCUUAAGAGAAAUGUCAGAAAUCAAGUACGCAUUGGAAGAUAAUGUUAAACAAAAUUUUUUGGAACCAUUGAUGCACAUGCAGUCAAAAGAUCUUAAGGAUGUUAUGCAUCACCGAAAGAAAUUAGAGGGACGACGGCUGGACUAUGAUUGUAAAAAACGUAAGAAAUGCAAAGGAACUCAUAUUACUGAGGAUGAGAUCAAAUUGGCUGAAGACAAGUUCGAAGAGUCAUUCAAUUUGGCGUCAAUGGGAAUGCAUAAUCUUCUGCAAAACGAUGUCGAACAGGUCUCACAAAUAGCCGCUCUUUCCGAAGCACUAUACGAAUAUCACAGCCAAUGCGCCAACAUUUUGGAGAGUCUAACAUCACGUCUAAUGGAACAGAAAAACGAUGCAGGCACCAAGAGCCCGGAGCCCUAUGUGCCCAAAAAGCUACACGAACUGAAUCUGCAUCUGAAUGUGGCCAUCACUGGAGAUGACGUAUCGCCCGGCACCGACCAGAGCCCGCACUAUAAUGGUUGGCACGAUUAUAGUCAAACUAACGGACAACUAUAUAAUCCCAUUAGCACUACCGCACACCUACUCAACGGUAAAACCAUUGCCAACAAUCAUCAUAACCGUAACAGCCAUUAUAAUAGCAGCCAUAACACCAAUAACAGUCAUUACAACUAUUAUGACAGUCAUUAUAAUAAUAACACCUCACCACUUCCAUCUCCUGUUCGCUCUCCAGCCCGAUCUCCAGAGCAGAGGACGCCCUGCUGUCAGGCGCUGUACGACUUCGAGCCGGAAAAUCCAAACGAAUUGCCUUUCAAUGAGGGAGAUGUCAUACAAUUGAAGAGUAAGAUCGACGACAACUGGUUCGAGGGUACAGUCAAUGGAAAGAGCGGUCUGUUUCCCAUCAGUUAUGUGCAAGUGUUGGUACCAAUUGGUCAUUAAAAUGGAUUAAAUUAUUUUUAAUUAUUAUUAUUAUUAUU